GCUGGGUGCUCGGCUUCUCUCCCUUGUGAGGAGCGCCGAGUGAUCGAUGGAGCUGCAGCUGACGACGACGGCGAUUCAUCCUCGGGGCGCACCGGCCAUUUCCGUGCCGGGUCUGAACGGGAAUUAGGUAUUGACUUUUCCCUCCCUCUUCUCAUUGGGCAAGCAAACACAACACCUGUGUGAAAAUAUGCCUCCAAAAUUCAAGCGCCACCUCAAUGACGAUGAUGUUACCGGAUCAGUGAAAAGCGAGAGGAGAAAUCUCUUGGAGGAAGAUUCAGAUGAAGAGGAGGACUUUUUCUUGAGAGGUCCAUCCGGUCCAAGGUUUGGACCCAAGAAUGACAAGAUCAGACAUGUCCAGAACCAAGUCGAUGAAGUCAUUGAUGUCAUGCAAGAAAAUAUUACCAAGGUGAUAGAAAGGGGAGAGCGGCUGGACGACUUGCAGGAUAAGUCAGAGAGCUUAUCGGACAACGCAACAGCUUUUAGCAACCGAUCUAAACAGCUCCGAAGACAAAUGUGGUGGCGCGGCUGCAAGAUGAAGGUCAUUGUGGCUCUGGUUGCUGUUGCGGUUCUCCUAGUGAUUAUUGUUCCCAUCAUCCUCAAGUACAACACUUGACUUGCUAACAAGAGUUGGCUGUGGACAUGGCUUUGGGAUGACUGCGAAGCAAGUGGCUGCGUGCUUUCAGUGGAACGCAACGUGUAUAUAGCUUUGAAAUGUUUCUUUCCUCGGAGGCAAGUGACCCAUUCUGACGAGGGCGUUCAGAGGACCUGACCAAGUCAUCCUCCUUCUCCAGCCAAAAGUUAACGUGUCAACUUUUAAUAUAAAGCCUCACCCAUCCGUCUGUUGGAGGAAGCUCCAUUUGGAACCAGAAACUUGCCUAUUUAUUUAUCUCUUCUUUUUUUUUUACAUUGUAUAUAUUGCUACCUGCUAAUGAUGUUAUUUAUAAUUUAAAACAAUUUCCUACCACUCCUGGCAGAGGUCAGUGGUGGAAGAGCAGGGGGUGGGAUGAAGAACAUAAUGUCGAUAUCACUGUUUUAAGAAAACUCUAACUGUUCAGUUGAAUGACUGCAAGGAUGUCAACAUUUCCCUCACAUUUAUGUUUUAAAACCAACUUGAUUUUGCAAGCAGAUUUUCUGUACUUGUCAUAAGGGAUCCAGAAGCUCCAUGUUCUCAGUAUUAUUGCUUAUGAAUGUGACCUAAAAAGCAUUCCAGUAAAAACCUAUU